AUGUCGCUGUCGCGCUCGGAGGAGAUGCACCGGCUGACAGAAAAUGUCUACAAGACCAUCAUGGAGCAGUUCAACCCCAGCCUGCGCACCUUCAUCGCCAUGGGCAAGAACUACGAGAAGGCGCUGGCAGGUGUGACCUACGCCGCCAAGGGCUACUUCGACGCCCUCGUGAAGAUGGGGGAGCUCGCCAGCGAGAGCCAGGGCUCCAAGGAACUCGGCGACGUGCUUUUCCAGAUGGCCGAGGUGCACCGGCAGAUCCAGAACCAGCUGGAGGAGACGCUGAAGUCCUUUCACAAUGAGCUGCUCACCCAGCUGGAGCAGAAGGUGGAGCUGGACUCCAGGUACCUGAGUGCCGCGCUCAAGAAGUACCAGACGGAGCAGCGGAGCCGGGGGGACGCGCUGGACAAGUGCCAGGCCGAGCUGAAGAAGCUGCGCAAGAAGAGCCAGGGCAGCAAGAACCCGCAGAAGUACUCGGACAAGGAGCUGCAGUACAUCGACGCCAUCAGCAGCAAGCAGGGCGACCUGGAGAACUACGUGUCCGAUGGCUACAAGACGGCGCUGACCGAGGAGCGGCGCCGCUUCUGCUUCCUGGUGGAGAAGCAGUGCGCCGUGGCCAAGAACUCCGCCGCCUACCACUCCAAGGGCAAGGAGCUGCUGGCGCAGAAGCUGCCGCUCUGGCAGCAGGCGUGCGCCGACCCCAACAAGAUCCCGGACCGGGCCGUGCAGAUGCUGCAGCAGCUGGCCAGCAGCAACGGCGUCCUGCCCGGCGCCCUGUCUGCCUCCAAGUCCAGCCUGGUCAUCUCGGACCCCAUCCCGGGCGCCAAGCCCCUGCCGGUGCCGCCCGAGCUGGCCCCGUUCGUGGGGCGGCUGUCCGCCCAGGAGACCGCGCCCGUCAUGAACGGCGUCGCGGGCCCGGACGGCGAGGACUACAGCCCCUGGGCCGACCGCAAGGGCGCGCAGCCCAAGUCCGCGUCCGCGCCGCAGGCCAAGAUGAGCGACUCGUACUCCAACACGCUGCCCGUGCGCAAGAGCGUGGCCCCCAAGAGCAGCUACGCCGCCACCGAGAACAAGACGCUGCCCCGCUCCAGCUCCAUGGCGGCCGGCCUCGAGCGCAACGGCCGCACGCGGGUGAAGGCCAUCUUCUCGCACGCCGCGGGCGACAACAGCACCCUGCUGAGCUUCAAGGAGGGCGACCUCAUCACCCUGCUGGUGCCCGAGGCCCGCGACGGCUGGCACUACGGCGAGAGCGAGAAGACCAAGAUGCGGGGCUGGUUCCCCUUCUCCUACACGCGGGUGCUGGACAGCGACGGGGGCGACAGGGUGCACGCGAGCCUGCAGCCGGGCAAGAGCAGCAGCACAGGCAACCUCCUGGACAAGGACGACCUGGCCCUCCCGCCACCCGACUACGGCCCCUCCUCCCGCGGCUUCCCCCCCCAGGCGGCCAGCACCUUCAAGCAGAGGCCCUACAGCAUGGCCGUGCCCGCCUUCUCGCAGGGUCUGGACGACUACGGGGCGCGGGCUGUGAGCAGGAACCCCUUCGUCAGGGUCCAGCUGAAGCCGACGGCGACCAAGGACAGGUCUGCCCCCCUCCUCAGCUGA